CCGACGACAUUCGCUCGUCUGCAGCCGACUGUCGUCUUCGAGCUCACUGCACUUUAUCGCACCGUCACCACUGCCGUGCCACUUCAUCACUCCCACAAGUCUUGAUCACCGUCCAGCCGUGACGACAAGACUUACUGCCGUCUCAGCAGCGAAGAAACUCGUGUCUGAAUAAUCCGAUACUGCCGACCGCCAUCGCGAUGAACUCCAAACCCGAUGGACAACAGUCCAAGUAUCAGCUGUCCAAAGAAACGGCUGGACUCCGUUCAACGGAUUUAUUGCCUCAUAAUUUAUCCGGACAAGCACCAACCAGAGAGUUUCUAUUAAAAAUCGUUGAUAUCUUAGUAGAUUACAUCAAUGACGUUAAUGAUAGAGACGAAAAAGUAUUGCAUUUUAAGCACCCCGAGGAGAUGUUGCGACUGUUGAAAUUGGAAAUUCCCGACGAAGGUGUGCCGUUGCAAAAUUUAAUUGACGAUUGCAGUCUAACACUCAAGCAUCAAGUAAAAACAGGACAUCCGAGAUUUUUCAAUCAGCUGUCAUGUGGUUUGGACAUCGUGUCCAUGGCCGGCGAAUGGCUUACGGCAACGGCAAACACGAACAUGUUCACUUACGAAAUCGCUCCGGUGUUUAUUCUCAUGGAAAACGUGGUGUUGGCCAAGAUGAGGGAAAUCAUCGGGUGGAAGACCGGGGACUCGAUUUUUGCUCCAGGUGGAUCGAUAUCGAAUAUGUACGCGUUUUUGGCAGCCCGGCACAAAAUGUUCCCGGGAUACAAGGAACAAGGACUUCACUCGAUCAAGGGACAACUGGUCAUGUACACGUCGAACCAAUCUCAUUAUUCGGUUAAAAGUUGUGCUUCUGUGUGCGGACUUGGAACAGAAAAUUGCGUGGAUGUACCAAGUGACGCAAGGGGCCGCAUGAUUCCUUCUGAGCUGGAGCGCCUCAUAUUAGAAAGAAAAUCCAAAGGCCACAUACCAUUUUUCGUCACUGCCACUGCGGGCACAACCGUUCUUGGUGCAUUUGAUCCAAUCAACGAAAUUGCGGACAUAUGCGAAAAAUAUAAGAUGUGGCUCCACAUCGAUGCUGCCUGGGGAGGAGGGUUGCUUCUAUCUCGCAAGUACCGACAUCCCCGUCUGGAUGGUAUCGAACGGGCCAACUCGGUGACUUGGAAUCCGCACAAAUUGAUGGGAACCCUACUCCAGUGCUCCACAAUACAUUUCCGAGAGACUGGACUAUUGAUCAGCUGCAACCAAAUGAGCGCGGAAUACUUGUUCAUGCAAGACAAACUAUACGACAUCCAAUACGAUACAGGUGACAAAGUAAUACAGUGUGGUCGUCACAACGAUGUGUUUAAACUUUGGCUGCAAUGGCGUGCCAAGGGUACCGAAGGUUUCGAAAAACACAUGGACCACUUGAUGGAACUCAGUGAAUAUAUGGUGGAGAAAAUUAAGGCAUCGCCAGACAAAUAUUAUUUGAUCCUCGAACCGGAAAUGGUGAACGUCAGCUUUUGGUACGUGCCAAAGCGCCUGCGGAACAUCCCACACUCGGCGAAACGAGCAGAAAGUCUUGGCCAGAUCACGCCGAUUCUGAAGGGCAAAAUGAUGGAAGUCGGCACUCUGAUGGUCGGAUAUCAGCCACUGAAUGAGAUACCGAACUUCUUCCGGAACAUCAUAUCCAGCGCCGCGGUCACCAAGGAGGACGUCGACUUUUUGCUCUCCGAACUGGAUCGCCUGGGACAAGACCUUUAAGUCAGGAGGAGAAAAAAAACGUUUAAUGAUACAUUCUGCUAGUCUCUAUAAUAUUAUGUAUAGGUGCCUAGUUAUUAUAGUUAUUAUUGUGUUAUGAUUUAGUAGACGCUAUAUCAUGAUUCCCGGUCAAAGGCUCUAUUUCCGCUGUCAGUAAUAAUAAUAAAAAUAUUAGGUAUGGCGUGUGCUGCGUUUAUAGUAGGUAGGUAAUAUGUGUAGAUGAUGGUUUCGCGUAAUCAUUAGUAGUUUUACGUUUUAAAUUUAAAAAUAGGCGAUAAGCUUUACCCCCGGUUUCCCUUGAUUAUUAUUAUUGUUGUUGUUGUUAUUGUUAUUGUAGUUGUAGUGGUUAAAAUAAAUGGUGAGCAUAUUAUUGUAUUGUAUUUAUUAUACGUCCACACGUUAUAUUAUAUAUAUAUAUUAUAAUAUUAUGUUUCCUUUUAAGUAACGACUUUUCGUCGGUCGCAACUCGCGAAUGUUUAAUUUUUUUUUUGUUAAUCACCAUUUUUAAGACCCCGUUGUGUAUUUGUGUUUUAAUGGAAAUUUACUGACAGUAGUUUCCUCGAGUACGUGUGUUGUAACAACAAUAAUAAUAAUAAUAAUAAUGUACCUAAUGAGAUUGAUCACUUAUGUUCAACUACAAUCACACGCUAAUGUAACAUCGUUUUAAGUCUUAGUUAUUGUAUAAUAUUGCUUGAAUAAAUCUCACCUGUGACCCGUCAAAACCAAGAGGGUAGAUUGUUCGUUUGAAUGUGUCUUGAAUUUUACUUUUAUAGUUUCAUCUCACAGCAAAUAGGGUAGGUACCUCCAGAUAAUUGUUCGACCACAAUAAGUUUUUUUUUCGAUCGUAUGAUGGCAAUAAUAAAUGAUAAAACUUCAACUUACCAAUCCGUCACGGCUUGGUACACUAAAGUUAAUCACAAAAAGUGAACAAUAUUCGAAACGAAAAAUCGUUUACGUUUAGAGUAAUAUAAAGUUCGAUUGUUGGUUAUACGGUUUAUCUAACUUUUUGUACUCGAUUUUUCGGUUCGGGUUCGUUUGCGUCCAGGUAUACAUUUUUUGUUUGCAUGUUUUUAAAAUCACCGCAGUGAAGAAAAUCUACAAACUUUUUCCCGAUCUCAAAUCGUUUGUAUGUUUUUCAACACGUUUUCUCUUAUCUGCACCGUUGUUUUUCUGCACCAAUUUAUUCGCACAUUUGCACAAAAGUUUUCUAUUCGCACUGUCGCACUUCAAAAUAUUAUGCACUUAUGACUUACUUUCUUUACUUUUACAAACACGUAUAUAAUGUGUUUGAUAUAAUAAUAACAUAAUCAUGGGCGUCCUCAGAUGACAAGUAGUUGACACUACACGAAGUCCUGCACACCCGCUCACGGGUUUCCCCCCUUUAUAUUUAAUAUAUGACUAUUAAAAGCACGAAAAGUGUUAAAAUCUGUUGCAAAUAUGUCCUUUAUAUCGUAUUUUUUUUUAUCCCUAUAUCGUUUUUUUAAUUUUCUAAAAAAAAAUGGACACCCUUGAACAUUUAUCUUAUUAUUAUAUUAUUCAAUACAAAUACAAGACUAUUUUUAACUUUUUACUCAAUAUUAUAAUAUACAAUAUAUACUAGUAGCACAGUAGUUACUUCAAAUGCACUUAACAUGUUUCGCACUUUUUAUUCACAUAAUAAUUAUUGCACAUUUUUGUAUAUUGAUUGAUAUUAUAUUUAAGAUAAUAUUCAAUACUGCGAUAUUUAUUACUAUUAGUACGCUCACUUACGCGUGUGAUUAGUAUUACAUAAGAUAUCGCAGUAUUGUUAAUCACUUUAUUAUUACUUAAGAGAAUGUUUUCUUUAUAAUUACAUAAUAUUAUUAUUGCCAUUACACGAUCCGUCAGAAUAUCUUUUGAAGUGCAAAGUUUGCACACCUUCCAACUCGUCUCCAUUAAUCAUCAUAAUAUAUUACAAUAUCUAUUGUUAAUCAAUCUCGUAAAACUUUCUCCUUUAUCGGUGCACCCUCUCGCUGAACCCUAUUCUAAGUUGGCGCCCCUCGGUGGUCCAUGCGCGUUUUCCAAGUCAUUCAUCAAAUCUUGAGUACUGAUAGGCUUCCACCCAAUUUUUUCCCCUACACAUACUUCACAAUGGGUACAAGAUAUAAUAUUUUUUUAUACCGUAGG